AUGUUGAAGCCUGGUAAUUUCUCCCUCGUGUGUACAUACAGUAAAACUUCUAAUUUUUAAUGUUUUCAUUAUAAUUGACUAUCAUUGUCAAUUUUCUUAUAACAAGUUUCUCUAGUGUCCAAGUAAUAAUUUAUCUGCAAUUCAGGGUAACUGAAAUGGUUCAGUCUUAUCCUUGCAUAUUACUGUUUCCUUGAGAAUUUCCAGGACAACGUUAGAAAGCAAACAAACAAAAAAACUACUGGUAAGGGCAUGAAUCCUUGUCUUGCUCAUCCACACAUCCCUUACAGCAACUGGAUUGUUUUGUCAUAAAAUUUAAUAUUUACUGAAGAGAAGAUUGACCUAAAAUUCUCUGGUGAACCAUAUAUCUUUAACUGUCGAUAAUCUGGAAUACAGAAUUCUCUGGCCCCCUUUUACAGGUGGAGAAAUUGAAGUUCAAAAAGUUUAUCAUUUACACAAAGCCCGAGGGUUAGUUAAGCAAAAUCUCUCCCAAAUUCUUUUUCUGUUAUGUGAAUGGUGACUAUUAAGGUGCUUGAAGAAAGCUGGCUCUGGCAUCACCGCUGUGUUCCUUUCAGACUUAAGAUUAUUAAGAAGCCAAGGCUCCAACAAAGCACAAUUACCCUAGUAGUUAACCUUGGGCUGGGUCUCCGCGGUAGUCAACACCAGCCCUGUGGCGAGGCGGGGUCUCACGCUCUAACCUAUAUGAUUUACAGUUUUGGGGGGCGAGAGGCAGGUUGGAAAUCACAGCUUAUCGGAUGGAGGCAGACGAUCCUUGAAGACAGCUCCUGGCUCUCAAACCAAGAGAAAGGCCAAGAUUUGCUGGUCUUCAGUGCUGAUCAUUCUCAGCCGAGUCGCCUCCUCUCCGCCCCCUGCAGGCCGACCCGGGAACUGCUCAGGGGCCGAGUAGGGCCGGGAGCGCGGAGCCGACAGCUUCUGGCCCGCUGGGCUGUGGCGGCGGCUCCCCCGACUGCAGGCCGGCCACCCGGGCGCGGAGACCGCGGGCCAUGGCGCGGGUGCUGAUCGUGGGCGCCGGGCUGACGGGAAGCUUGUGCGCGGCGCUGCUGAGGAGGGAGGCGUCCAGUCCUCUGCGCCUCACUGUGUGGGACAAGGCCGGGGACUCAGGAGGAAGAAUGACUACAGCCAGCAGUCCUCAUAAUCCACAGAGCACAGUGGACUUGGGUGCCCAGUAUAUCACCUGCACUCCUCAUUAUGCCAAAAUACACCAAAGUUUUUAUGAUGAAUUGUUAGCUGGUGGCAUUUUGAAGCCUCUGACCUCUCCUAUUGAUGGAAUGGUGAUAAAAGAAGGAGACUAUAACUUUGUAGCACCUCAUGGAGUUUCUUCAAUUGUUAACCAUUACUUGAAACAAUCAGGCGCUGAUAUCUGCUUCAGACAACGUGUGACCCAGAUCAAUUUGAGAAACAACAAGUGGGAAGUCUCCAGGGAAACGGGCUCCUCUGAGCAGUUUGAUGUCAUUGUCCUCACGAUGCCUGCUCCUCAGAUUCUGCAGCUUCGAGGUGACAUCGCCAACUUAAUGAGUGAAUGCCAAAGGCAGCAACUGGAGUCUGUGAGCUACUCCUCUCGCUACGCUCUGGGCCUCUUUUAUGAAGCUGGCACGAAGAUUGAUGUCCCUUGGGCUGGGCGGUACAUCACCAGUAAUCCCUGCAUUCGCUUCAUCGCCAUUGACAAUAAGAAACGCAAUAUAGAGUCAUCAGAAAUCGGACCUUCCCUUGUGAUUCACACCACUGUCCCAUUUGGAGUUACACACUUGGAACACAGCAUUGAGGAUGUGCAGGAGUUAAUCUUCCAGCAGCUGGAAGACAUUUUGCCUGGUUUGCCUCAGCCAGUUGCUACCAAAUGCCAGAAAUGGAGACAUUCACAGGUCACAAAUGCGGCAGCCAACUCUCUUGGUCAAAUGACUCUUCAUCUCCAGCCUCUUCUUGUGUGUGGAGGGGAUGGAUUUACUCAGUCCAACUUUGACGGCUGCAUCACUUCUGCCUUAUGUGUUCUGGAAGCUUUAAAGAAUCAUAUAUAGUACUGCCUGUAUUGUUAUUUUUCACAUGUACUUUGGGGGUUUUGUUUUCACAAUUUUCUGUCAUUGAUUAUUUUGUUUUCUAUUUUGUUGAGAGAAAUUACUGGAAAAAUUGUUCUUUACUGGUUGUUAUUUUUCACGUGGAGUGUAAAAUCAAUUUUAUAAUUUCAGUAGUUACAACUCCUACAAGAAUGAAAAUUCCUUGUACUUUAUACUUCUCCACUUUUCUGAAUUGCCAUGUCUACCCACUCCUUGUUGGAGGCAAAGUAGUGUUUAAGAAAAAACAAAUAGCUCUCCCCCCAAAUUAUGUCAAAGCCAAGUAACAGUUCAUGUUCACAGACUUUUGUUGUCCUUUUGAAAAUUUCAGUCCCAAAUAAAGAAUAAUCAUUAUCAAGA